AUGGGGAGCGACUUCAAGGUUAUUGUGGUGGGUGGCGGCCCAAUAGGGCUAAUCGUUGCCCAUGCGCUUCACCGCGCCGACAUUGAUUUUGUGGUUCUCGAGCGCAGACCUGCUGUUGUCGAAGAGAAAGGAGCCAGUCUUGUUCUAUAUCCAACUUCACUCAGAGUCAUGCAUCAACUCGGUAUCUUAGAGUCAUUACUGCCUCUGGGGGGAGAGUUGAAAACUCAUAUGUCGCUUACCAAAGACGGACAUGUGUUUAAUGAAAGUCCAAGAUAUACAACUCUUCGAGAGAAUCAUGGACAUGGCCUUGUUGCCUUUGAUCGUGCGGAGGUGGUCAAAACAACGUACGAUGCGUUACCAGAUAUCGCAAAAGAAAAAGUCUUGACAAACAAACAGUUGAGCAAUAUCGAGACCAAGGUUGACGGGGUCAAGGUGACAUGUGGUGACGGUAGUGUCUAUCAUGGAUCAAUAGUGAUCGGCGCAGACGGCGUUCACAGCAAAACCCGACAUUUGAUGCGCGAUAUCGCCUUAAAAGAAGACCCACUACGGGACUGGGACCCAGAAGAACCGUUCACAGCAACGUUCCGUCUUUUAUACGGAUCAUUCCCCACGCCGUCACAUUCCGGUGAAGGAAACGAUACCCAGUCGUCGGGAAAGUCCGUCUCGUAUUUCAGCGGCCCGACACGUAGCUGGUUCUUCAUAACCAAAGCGCUGCCCAAGCCAACCAGCGAGCGAAACCAUUACACAGAGAAAGAUGUUGACACCGUCGGUGCUGAGUUUGCGGAUUUCCCAUUGAACCGCGCGGUCAAGGUCAAAGAUGUCUGGCCGAACAUGCUGGCCGUAGGCAUGACGGACCUCCAGGAAGGAAUUGCGAAGCACUGGAGUCUAGGCAGGAUUGUGCUCGUGGGCGAUUCUUGCCAUAAGCUCACAGUUCAUAUGGGGCUUGGGUAUAACAAUGGCGUGCAGGAUGUUGUGGUGUUGUGUAACCGUCUACGAGCUGCGGUUCAGGGUGCUUCGGAUAGAAACCCAGAUGCGUCUACUCUAACACAUGUGUUUAAUGACUAUGAGAGAGUUCGAAAGAGCUCGGACUGCUCGCUCGUUGCAGAUUUGGCGAGCUCGGGAAUGGAGACUCGUUUGUACACUUGGUAUAACAACUUUUACAGGUUUUUUUCUCGGUAUAUUGUUGUUCGUUCAGUUGUUGAGAGACUCGCACUUCGCUUUGCAUUUUCACCUGGGUUGCAGAAAGCACAGGCGUUUGAUUAUAUUGAGGCAUCGGAGGCGAUGAAUGGGAAGUUACCUUGGCUACACCCGAUGAAGACUUAG